AUGGCUUCAAUGUUACCGAAGAUGACAUCCACAGUCACACAGAAAGUACAAUCUGUGGCCAUUAAAGCAAUUGAUGUCCGCAAGUAUCACAAAAUUUUAAGUCAAAUCAAUAAUAUCGACAAUAAUGACGAAUUGGCCACAGUUUUCAAUAAUUCGUUAAACAUAUUAAAGAAGAUAAGUCAUCAACGAAUUGUCAAAAUAGAGAAAAUAUUGGAAACAUUUGUGAAAAAUAAUGAAAUCAGCCGUUUGUUUGUGGUGUCAGAGAUGGCAGAAACUAAUUUAAAUGAUUUCAUACUUCAUCAGAAGCCCAACGGUUUGGACGAUGAAGACUGGGCUCGUGUUUGGUUCAGACAUAUCUGCGAAGCGGUUGAUUGUUUGCAUAACACAUACCAAGUUUCGCAUCAAAAUAUUAAACCCGAAAAUAUACUUUUAUUUACUAAAACUCAGAUGUCUGAAAAUAAGAUACCAUACGAUAUCAAACUUGGCGACUGUGGAAUCUCUAUGUUAUUUCCCAAUUUGAGUAAUGUGUGCACCGGUAGGGAUACUAUUAGUGUAAUGUCCAGUCCGGACACACAGUUUAAAAACGUAAUGUCCAGCGAUAUCUAUAGUUUGGCUAUUGUUUUAGUGAUUUUGUUGAACGGAGAUUCAAAGAAAUACCUAAUGACUAGCAGACAACUCGGAGUUUUUGCCUAUUUUAACGACAAAACAUUUGCCGACGAUAUUAAGGAUCAGUCAAUUAAGGGAUUGAUUGAAAAAAUGAUGAGCCGUUACUAUGAUAGCAGACCUAAUAUUAGAGAUGUCUUACAAUAUGAAUGGCUUAAACUUAAAAAUUAA